ACUCCUAAUUAAGUGACAAAAGAAAUUUUAAUUCUCUCUCUCCCAAAAAAACCCUAAUUCUCUCUAGCUUCACUCUUGUCGUAGCCGCCUGGGGCUUCCAUCGGUUUUCACCGGUGGAAAGCCCCGAAUCAGUUAACUACUUUGUUUUAUUCGUAGUUUUUGAAUAAUACUUCUUCUCGGGAAAGUUAGAUCCAGAGCCAUCGGAGAUUUCGUUGUCUCUCUUCCAAGCGGGUGAGUUACAGUUCGAUUUUUCUUGUUUUUGUGGUUCUACUCCAGAUCUAUUCUCGAGGGAUUCUUAGAUCUAAAACCAUCGGAGAUUUCGCUGUCUUUCUCCUCCAGUCGGAUUUCUCUUGUUUUUGUGGUUUCAUCUAAGGUUGUUUUCUCUCCCUGGUGAGAGUUUUGUUUUUCGCUUCUUAAUUGUAAGCGGGGUUUGAUUUGGUAUGAAAGCUUGUAUGGAAUCGCAGCUCUGGUCGAUAGCUCAAACGAUAGCUCUAUCGGGGCAUGAUGAAGAGGGUACCAGUAAUUCAACGAGAAUGCAUGAAGCGGAAGUAUCGUCGCCACCUUUCACAUUGAUCGAGCGAGCAGGGAAUUUUAUCACAAUCAUCAUCUUCUCUAUUCAAAAAUGAUUCAUUUUGUGCUUCUUAUAAGCAGACAGGGGAAAGUGAGGUUGACUAAAUGGUAUUCACCUUAUUCCCAGAAGGAAAGAACGAAGGUAAUCCGAGAGCUCAGCAGUAUGAUUCUCACCCGAGCCCCAAAGCUUUGCAAUUUUGUAGAAUGGAGGGGAUUCAAAGUUGUGUAUAAAAGAUAUGCGAGCCUUUAUUUCUGCAUGUGCAUUAAUCAAGAUGAUAAUGAACUAGAAGUUCUUGAAAUUAUCCAUCAUUAUGUGGAGAUUUUGGAUCGUUAUUUUGGAAGUGUGUGCGAGCUGGAUUUAAUUUUUAAUUUUCACAAGGCAUAUUUUAUACUGGAUGAAAUUUUGAUUGCUGGUGAGCUUCAAGAAUCAAGCAAGAAAACAGUUGCGCGUUUAGUUGCUGCACAGGACUCAUUAGUUGAGGCUGCUAAAGAACAGGCCAAUUCUGUGAGCUACAUAAUCUCCCAGGCGACCAAAUAAAGCUUAGAAGCUCUACAUGAUCUUUCUAUAUGCAAUUUCAACAUGCUUCAAAUAAUGCUUGAAAAGUUUCUAGUAUCUUUCCAAGCCGCAAUAGUGUCAUAAAUACCUUUGGACGUGCUGCCUGGAUCUCUCUUUUAAUUGCAUAAAUGCCUGUGAUAGAAUUACUCUGCAUGCAAUAGUAAUUUGUAAUUACUUCAAUGCCUAAUAAUCCAUUAUGAUACAAAGAAAGCCAUAUCAAGUUGAUUUAAACAAUUUCUUUUAGCUUU